AUGGGGUACCUCUCCGCCUUCGACGAGGAUUGGAAGCGGUACGAGCUGCCGUUCCCGAAGACCAAGCAGGAGUACCGGCAGAUCCAGAAGUUUGACUAUGCCCUGAGGUGUGCUCAGUCUGACCAGAAGAAAAUCCUCACGGAGAACGUGCAUGCGGCUGCGAAGGUGGCAUUGGAUAUGACAACCGACGCAGGCAUCGAUCACGUUGUCUGUCGGUUGCGCUUGGUCUCGAAGGACGACGGUGCGCACCAAGAGACUGCCGUUUUCACGAUUGACUCGAUCCUCAGACAUGCAGCAAAGAACAGAGACGAGGAGAUUCGAAGUCUCUAUGAGAGCAGACUUGAGAAGCACUUGCGCAAUGUUUUCAAGCGAGCAAUCCAAGCAGUUGCUUCGCGGACAGCCCUGGCCACAAAGUUCUUUGAGAUCCUCGGGAAAUGGAAGGAGCGAGGAUGGUUUCAGGAAGCGCUUCCUGAUGUUGUCAAAGUUGUUGAGAGAGCGGCCCCCAGCGCCGCAAAGCCGGACUCUGGGCUGCUGUUAAGGCAUGAAUGUGAUCGCAUCAAACACGCCUACUGGAGCACCGAUGACGCCUGGACAGCCCAUGACACCUGGAUAUAUACAACGUCCUAUGCCGGCGCCGAUGACCCCAAGUCACUUGAAGAUGCCAGCAACCCCGGGUGGGCCAGUGCCACCUACACCAGGCCUCAAAACCUUGCCGAUGACACCAAACACUACCAAAGUUCUUGGGUCAAUGCCAAGUACGCCUGUCCAACCAGCGUACUUCUCGGCUCCAGCCACCCCAGCUCCAGCCACCCCAAACAUGGAGGAAGUGCUGGAUUCAGUGCCAGCGACACCCACAGCAAGCAUAGCUCCAGGAACACCCACUCCAGCAACACCAGGGACAGCUGGAAUCCAACAGUCGAUACCAGCAACGCCCUUUAUUCCAUCAACCCCUGGACAAGCAAUUCCAAUGACACCAGGCAACCGCUUGGUCAUGAAUUCGAUACCCGCAACACCGCCUGCCAUGCCAGGGACACCCCGAAUCAUCCCAUCCACGCCCAUACACACUUCAUCGAUACCCCAUACACCCGUUCAAGGUCUGAUCCCAUCGACACCUGUUCUGCCGUCAACCCCUGCUGGAGAGCUUGGAAGAACACCUUCCACUCCUAUGAACAUACCUUCCACGCCACGGUUAGCCGCUGGGUCUGUGCAGCCCUUCACCCCUACACGGAAAGUUCCCUCCACUCCUCCGCUUGCUCAACCCUUCACUCCAGCAGCGCAACCACAGACACCAGCAGGUGCAGCCAUGAUGCCGCAAACCCCAGGUGCAGCUAUGAUGCCCCGGACCCCGGCAGGUGCAGCCCCGCAGACACCGGCAGGUGCAUCCAUGAUGCCGCAGACCCCAGCAGGCGCAGCCCCGCAGACACCGGCAGGUGCAUCCAUGAUGCCGCAGACCCCGGCAGGUGCAGUUAG